CAUUAACCGAGUUGUUUUAUCGGCUUGGUUGUGAGGUGUAAGGUUUAUUCGGCUGGAUACGUGUCACUUUUCCAAUAGUUCUAGUGAUAUAUCAAAUCUUAAAAUGUUUAUCCACUCGUAUUGUGCACCAUUAGUUGUAUUUAUGGUAGCUUUUAGUAUAUGUAGUGGCCAAGAUGUGUUAAUCCAAGACAUUCUUGUAAAAAACGCCGACCGGCUAAUUGAUGUGUCCAGCCAACUUUGCAAGGUGGCUAUCAAACUUCAAAUUGAAAAUGUUGGUAAGUCACCGGUGAACAAGUUCAUAUUCAGCCUAGACCCUGUUUUUAAGCCUAAACUGGCACAUAUAUCGGCCCAGUUGACCGAUACCACCAAGUCGCCUCUCAAGAUCCUAAGCACGAAAAUAAACGGGAAGCCGGACGGGGCAUUUUGGAGAGUGGACCUCAAGGACCAACUUCGACCCGAAAAAACACUCAAUUUAGAAAUUGAGUAUGUUCUGACACACACUUUGACACCCUACCCGACGGCAAUCACCCAGAAAGAAAAACAACUCGUAAGGUACAGUGGAAACCAUUACAUACAUCUUCCAUAUUAUGUCGAGAAACAGACGACAGUUGUCAACUUGGGCUCCAGAAACAUUGAAUCGUACAGUAAAUUGAACCCUGUCAGUCUUCUCGAUAGCACAAUAACCUAUGGACCUUACAAUAAGGUCAAACCGUUUGCUUUCGAUGCUCUAACAGUGCAUUAUGAAAAUAAUUCCCCUUUCCUCACUGUUACAAAAUUGGAAAGAUCAAUCGAAGUCUCUCACUGGGGAAACAUCGCCGUCGAGGAAGUUGUUGAUAUGGUUCAUACCGGUGCAACGUUGAAGGGCCCAUUUUCAAGAUACGAUUUCCAGAGGGAGACGCAUAGCGGUUUGUCAAGCGUGAAGUCAUUCAAGACCAUACUUCCAGCCUCUGCGACAGAUGCUUAUUACAGAGAUGACAUCGGUAACAUUUCUACAUCCCAUAUGAGACUAUUAAGUGAUUCUGUCGAACUCGAUUUACGGCCGAGGUUCCCACUUUUUGGAGGCUGGAAGACUCAUUACGUUCUAGGGUACAACGUUCCUAGUUAUGAGUAUCUCUUUAAUUCGGGUGACGUUUACAAGCUCAAGAUGAGGGUUUUAGAUCAUGUCUUUGAUGAUAUGGUAGUCGAUGAAUUGGUAACAAAAAUAAUCUUGCCUGAAGGAGCAGAUGAAUUACAACUAGUUACUCCAUACUCAAUGACUCGCUUACCUAAUACUAGGCAUUCGACUUACUUAGAUACAAAAGGAAGAUUAGUCAUUACUGUAACAAAGAAGAAUUUGGUUGAAAACCAUAUCCAGUCCUUUGAAUUGGAUUAUGCUUUUCCUAGGAUUCUUAUGCUUCUUGAACCUUGCUUAGUGACAACGGCCCUCUACUUACUUUUCUUGUUGGUCAUUAUUUAUGUUAGAUUGGACUUUUCAAUAAGCAAAGAUGAAGCGGGUGAAAGCAGGCUAAGAGUAUCUGGAAUUUUGGAUAAACUCCUUCAACAUUUUGAUAAAAGGGCUACCACGUAUUCUCAAUUAGAUGACCAAUUUGCUAAAGUGAAGACCUCCAAAGAUGUAACCAGCUAUAACAACGCUUCCAAGACUAUUAACCAAGAGUACAAAAUUGAGACAAACCACAUUAUGGAAUUAAUGGCCAAGCUGAAACCCGAUGCUCCUGAAGUUUGUGAAAAAAUCUCAGAAAUACAGAAAUUGGACCGAAACCUUAAAGAGAUUUACAAUCAGAAACAGGCGCUCUACGUUGACAAGCUUAUCCCUGGGAAAGUAGGAAGAGGAGCUUUCAUCGAGACAGAAACAACAAUCAACAAGAAAAAAGACGAGACAGUUGAGAAAAUCAAUGCGCUCAUCAAAAAUCUCCAUUAGAGCAAAGACUGAAAAGCAUUUCCAUGUUAACAAGAAAUUGUUUUUGUAGCUCUUGUUCAUGUUUAAUUUUUACAUGUUUCAUAUUUAAAUAAAACAUGUUUCUUUUUCA